UACGCGAACACGGAGCUAAAUUACGCUCGACUUUUUUUUCUGUUUUUCACUGGAUCCCUGAAAUUUGUAGCCUCGGCUAAAGUUUCUACAAACUCGGAAAGUUACGUCGACAUUUUUUUAUUAUCUUCAAAAUGUAUGAAUGUACUGUAAAGAGAUAGGAUAACUGUAUGAAAAUCGGGAUCCAAGCCAAAGCUGAAUAUCAAAUGCACAUAUCGACAAAGACCGAUGUAUCUCCGAAACUAAAGUAGACCUAGUUUUGGUGCAAAGAAAAAAAGUUGUACAAAGUAUAGCCGUUAGAAACAUUUAAAAAUCAUGCAGAUCAAUCACUGUGUAAAACUUCGACAAGUUUACCGUGCUUCGAAGUUCGUCUUCGUAUUGUGCCGAAUUUAAAAAAGGGCAAACGAAAGAGAAAAAUAAACAUAUCGAAGGUGGACUUGCAUCACUAUGAUGUAUCUAAACGCCCGCCAAUUAUAAUGCGCGAUGGAGAAAAUUAACAGAUACGUCGCAGUUCCAGUACGUUGUCUAUUGACACAGGAGAAGUAAAUUUGAUUUUAGCUCGAUUUACAUUAGAAGAUUAACUGUGAAGAGUUAUCAUAAUGUUUGUUAAGGCAACAGGAUCACGAGUAAAUCAGAAAAGAUAAUUACAAAUUAUUUAGAAGUAGUUCUAUUCAACUAACAUUCUAUUUUGUUGUAGAAACACCGAGGUGUCAACAUUUUCUGGGAAUAGACAGCCCCUUCUCGACAUAACAAUUGUAUUCUGGAGAUAUUGCACGGAAUUAUGAAAAUUUCGCUGAGCCCGCUCGCCAUGGAGAAAGACAAUUGUUUGGGCGAGGUCGAGGUCGCGCGUUAAGUUGAUUAAAUAGCGAGUUCCUCGAAAUCGUACGAACCAUUUCCCAUUGGUUCCCAAAGGUGGCGCACGGCAGGCAUAUCCUGCCCGCGUAUUCUUAUCGCGGCGUAAACGCAACGUUAUAACGAUAAACAAAAGUUACGCACGGGCGCAGGGCGGUUGAAAUCGAUGCGACUCGGCGGAAGAAGGGUUGCGUGGGUGUAUCAGGGUAGGAUGUUUGAUGUCGGUGGCCGUGAUUGGUCGCGGGCAGCGAGAGCCGCGAGUCGAUUGGCCGAACGGGUUCCGACGCGAGCCCCCACCCAGCCGAGGAAAGGUAUCGCGAGGAGUGGGGGAUCGUGAUACGGCUCGACACGGCAUGUAUGGUACGUACGUACGCAGGUGUGUUCACAGUGCCUAUGCACCCCGUGUCACGCGCCAGCCACUCGGAGUCAUAGAGAGACGGUGGGUGGCUGUGAAAAACGAGAGAAAAAAAUAAAAAGCCAAACAGAAGGAAGAGUGGAGGCGAACAAUCGUACUCGUAUUUUUCCUCGGAGGGGUCGGUGCGCGUACAGACAAUCGUCCUUCGAUUUACGUCGUUUCUCCCCGUACAAGCUCGAGAUUCGCUACAGUUCGCGUCGCGUUGUAGAGGGUAGUUCCGUGUCGCCUACCCGCCCGACCAAAAGAAACCACGCAGUACGCGUGAACACGCUCGUCGGGAGAGUUGUCAACCGUUUGCCGGCCGAGAAUGGUCCAAAGGUUCUGCACCAGCGUGGCUGCGCUUAGCCUCGCCCUCAGUACGUGUGUUGUUUUUCCGCGUGCCGUCAUGGCGAUCGACUUGAGUCGAUUUUACGGUCACUUCAACUCGAAGCGUACAGAAGACGCUUGUCGUCCGUACGAGCCGUUUAAGUGUCCAGGAGACAAAAUAUGUAUCUCGAUUCAGUAUCUCUGCGAUGGAGCGCCGGAUUGCCAGGACGGUUACGACGAAGAUACACGAUUGUGCACAGCUGCUAAGAGACCACCGGUAGAGGAAACUGCCAGUUUCCUGCAAUCGUUGUUGGCAAGUCACGGUCCUAAUUAUCUCGAGAAACUGUUCGGGACCAAGGCGCGGGACACGCUAAAACCUCUCGGUGGAGUGAACGCGGUGGCUAUAGCACUUUCUGAAUCGCAAACGAUCGAGGACUUCGGCGCCGCCCUGCACCUGAUGCGCUCCGACCUGGAGCACCUGCGCUCCGUGUUCAUGGCGGUGGAGAACGGGGACCUGGGCAUGCUGAAAUCCAUCGGGAUAAAGGACUCCGAGCUGGGCGACGUGAAGUUCUUCCUGGAGAAGCUGGUGAAGACCGGAUUCCUCGAUUGAACGGGCAUCCCUUUGAGACAACACUGCAGAGGCGUUCUCACGUUGACUGUAUCGUAUUACAAUCGCACUAUCUUGUCGCUUCAAGUCCCGGGUCCCCUGGCGUAUCCGUUUCGCGAGACCCUCGCCAUUCACCGAACACCCUCGACGCCCUAUCUCCGCUCCUCCUUCUUUCGUUUCCUCUCCGCUCGCUUCCUCUCGAUGUCUUCUCCGUCUUGCUUCGCAAAGGACACCGGCGAGCACCGAGAUAUAUAGUCCUGUUCGUUCCCGGGAAGCAUGGGAGCACCGAACGUUUAAACUUUCCAGCGAAAUGUCAAGGGUCGACAAGCUCUCCCGUAUCUCUCUGUGCACCUUUAUCGACGCGUACUCGCUAUCGCGCCGCGAUGGACGCCCGCCUGUUGUUUAUCGUUCUCGUGUUACGGACCGCUACCGGUCGAAUUACAGGAAAAAAACCAGAAACGAACGCUAGGCUGGGUAGGGCAUCGCGACGAGGGCCGGAGUCCAGGAGCUUAGUAAUUACCAGGUCAAUUAAUUAUAUUCUGCCCGGGCAGCUCUGUUCGGCCGUCACGCAGCAGACGAUCGAUACUAAUUAACGUCGUUUACUUUCCCUGGCCGGCAUGGCGUCGGCCCGUUACACGACACGCGAUUUCUCGAAACACGUAUUCCGCACACGCCUGUCGUCCACGGUUCUUAGUAUAUUUAAUACGAUUCAAAUUAAUCGAACGCUAUCGUUACGUUGCUGUAUUCGUUUAGGGGGAAAAAGCAUCGAAAUGUAUACGAAUAAUCGGAAUUGCUUUUGUUCUUAACGGUGGUACGAAAUACAUGAAAGAAGAGUGUCUCGUUUUCGAAGCAAUAACACUGGUCGACGGCAAACAUGUAUUCUUUUAAUUGCCAUAAUUAAAGCUAAAUUCGAACAAUUUUAGCAGACUAUUGCUGGAGACUAAAUGUAAACUGUGGUGAAUUAACAAAGACAAAGUAUUAAUUUCAUGAAAGCUGACAGGAUUCUGUACAAACUAUUGUUUAGAAUUUGUUGACCAGUGUGUUAGAUUCACCUACGUUCGAUGACAUGUAAUAGUUCACGGAAGUUGCAAUGCGCUGCUGAAACUCGAGAAACUGUUAGAGCAAUUGUUUGAUGCUUGUGAUGCUUGUGAAAUAAAAUCAAUUGCUAUAAUAUGUUUCUAAGAGCAGAAAAAGGGACAAAGUCGGUAGAGAAACGAGCGUGAAUUGCUUCAAGCGUAGUAUCUAUCGAUCUGUUCUUUCAAUUCGUGCGCUCGCUGCACACGCCGAUUCGUUUCAACCGAUAAUUAAUAUUUAAACCGGAUCCGGAUAAAACGCGUUCAGCAUUGAAUAAUUUAUUCGUCGAGAUAACACGGAAACUUGAAAACUUCCUUCAAUGCUUUAUAAUGCUUCGCGUGUUUGAAAAUCUCGCCGUCGCCAGGCUCCCAUGCGUUCUUAUAACACUUGUCGAUUAUUACUGAAGCUGUGCUUCUGAUCUGGUCACGAUAUACUCGUGUCAAUAGACAUGUUUCGUUCGCGUAUGCGUGAAUCCCGCCUCUGCAGAUGCACAGUCGCGGACAUAUACUCAACAAUAACGAUACAGGAGAGAACAAUAGUAUAUACAUCAAAUAUAUAAGAGACAAAGCGAGCUAAAUUACAAAGAUUUUGCACAACGUAAUAGACUAUAAUGAAAAUGUAAUUAUUCGUAUAUUGGCGAGUGUAUCUCCGCUAUUGUCACAGUGGAUACUAUCACGUGUCUUUCGUAUGAAUUGUCCCUAGCGUACGGGACAUCGAAUGCACGUGAUACGACCCAAAGGAAACGUGAUUAGCCUCGAGAAAAGAUCGAUCGAAAGCGCAGAUUUAUUCUGAACGAUUCGUCUAUGAUCAGCUUGCACCGCGUAUGUUAGGAAACUCUAUAGAUUUAUACGUCGUCCACUGCACCUACAUGCUUGCGAACCGACGAUUACUGCUGGCACAGUACACCACACGAUGGUCCUACCAAGGACUUCCGGUCUUUUUGGCGUAACGAGAUCGAACCUAAGGAUGAUUGUCGAAAAUGGUAUCGCAGAAUUCUGUAACCGAUCGAUUUCAAUCGAAUAUAAAUACACGAAUAACUUAUGUAUACGCGUAUACAAACACAUAGGCGUAUAUAUACAUAUAUAUAUAGUGUAUACAGAGUGAUUCGAACAGAAGAUCGAGGUAUCGCGAGGUGUAUAGUACUUGCCAGAAUUUAGAAAAAGAGGGAUUUGCGGAAUGCUUGUCACGAAUGAAAAUUUUUGUCAAUUCUCGUCGAAGUUGUACGCCUCUGGAUCCUUUGAUCCGUAUUUUGAUCGCUCUGUAUACACGAGUACGUAUACAUAUAUCUAUUUUAAGAAUGAGAAGCGAAGCAGGUACAAAUCGAGCAUCGUAUCGCGUUCCUUCAGGGUAUAACGCGCACCUUACUUAAGAGACAAAAGAAAAAAAAAAAAAAAAGCAAGUAUACAGUGCUACGAUGUAUUAAUAUUUUCAUUACGAUAACGCAACACAUAUCAGUCUAGAUACAUAUCAGUAAUUUUAACGGAGAUGAGUGCCGAAUUCUCUCGGGUAGAGCCGGGUUCUCCGUUUUACGAAACGAUUCGACGAUCGACGGUAUUUGGUCUCUGUAUCUCGACGAAUGAAAAUCAAACGGAACACGUUGCAUACAAACAGCGGACACGGGGAACAACAACUACGGCUACCAAUCCACGAGAGACAUUCCUUUCGACGAUGAAAAACAUACAUAUCUCUACCUACUAAGCGUAAUCUUCUAGUCAACCAAAUGACAUAUCUUCUAAUUAAAUAUAACUAAUUAUAUUUAUGUGUACAUAUAUAUGU